GUCUGCGUGUGACUAACAAUAACAGUCGUGCAGUUUUGGUUGUAGCUAGUUUACCCUUUACAAUGGAUAGACAUUUGGGGAUAGCCUAAACGGGUUUAACAUUCGCAAAAGAAGUGAGAGUCUUGCUCGCUCGGACCGACCUGACAAGUUGGUCAGCCCAGGUCAGUUAUAAAGUCUGAGGAUGUUGAGGAAAUAAAUGUAACAGAGCGGCGAAUCCAUCUAUGGUUACAAAAUUGCAGUAUUUAUUUCCUGUUCAGUUCCAUAUCAACAUUGUAACUUCAGCAGUCACGUGAUUAAAGUUAAGUGCGCAGCCAACAUUACUGGUAAAAUCAGAGAAUUUCUCUGGUUUGGUCAGGAAUCAAGAUCGUGAAUUGGUAGGCCUAUUCUAUGAAGCCUAUGACGUUCUAAUAGCCAACAUUGUAGUUUGUUUUCAAUUUGUUUAUUGUUUAAUUCCAGUUAGCCUACGGCAAGAGAAUAAGAGAACAUUUUAACAAUAAAAGGGGAAGUGAAGGUUGAAGUGAUUGAAGAAUCUGUAAAGAGUUGCACCACAGCAAGAAGAUGAACCACAAAGAUCUGGAGGAGGAUGACCUCAGUAAGCUGAAUUUCCUUACUGAAUACAAGGUGUGUGAGCUCCUGGCAGUGUGUGAGGAGAAUAAAGACUACACCUCUUUGAUUCGAGCCAUUGGCAAAGUGUUUUCAGACUCAGAGUGCCUAAUGCGAAGUUUCCGCACCAAACAACUGAGUCCGGACAGGCUACAGUCACAACGGGACAAGAAGAAGAGUGAGGACAAGCAGGGGACAUCAUCCAUCUCAAAAUCUGAUACUGAGCCCUCUACGAGCAAAGAAGCAGAGAAGGGUGACCAAAGUGAUGAGGAUGACAGGGAUGAUGAGGAUGAUGAGGUGACCGUGGACAUUGAUGGACUGAGAAGGGUAUAUGACAAAAUACUGCCACAUGAGCAAAUUGAGGCUGCCAUCAUCAACGCCUUGGUGUCCAUGAUGCCAAGCGUGGAGAGUGAGCUGACCUACCACGAUGCGUAUUCCUUCGACCACAAUUACCUCAACUUGUUUGUCAUAGUCAUGGAGAACACCAACCUUCACAGUCCAGAGUACCUCGAGUCAGCAUUACCUCUUUUCUGCAAGGCCAUGAGCAAGCUCUCCCUCCCGGGGCAAGCGCGACUGGCACGCCUGUGGUCAGAAUUUGGUAUGGAGCACAUCCUCAGAAUGAUGGAGACCUUUCAGCAGCUGAUCACUUUUACGGUCGUCUGCAACGACUUUGACAAUGACAACUUGGUCCAAGAUGACGAAACGGUGGUGGCCGCUGCCAAGUGUUUAAAGAUUGUUUAUUUCGCUAAUAUUCUGGCUGGGGAGCUGGACCCAGAUCAAAAUGAGGAAGAGGAUGAAAUGCUGAUCGAGUCCAAUGACCUGACAUUGCAAGAAUUACUGGGGGAAGAAGAGAUAAGUCCUAGGGGCCCCAGGGUGGACCCUUUGGAGGUCGAGCUCGGUGUCCGGGCAUCUGACUGUCGACACCCGCUCAUUGCCUUUGAAGAGUUCAUUAAUGAGCCGCUAAAUGAGGUGCUUGAAAUGGACAAGGACUAUGUUUUCUUCAAGGUAAAUGCGGAGAGCAAGUUUGCCUUCAUGAGCUGUCCCUUUAUCCUUAACGCUGUGACUAAGAACCAGGGACUGUACUAUGACAAUAGGAUUCGAAUGUACAGCGAACGCCGGAUCACAGCGCUCUACAGUAUGGUCGAAGGACAGCAAGCCAACCCCUACUUACGACUUAAAGUCCGAAGAGAUCAUCUAAUUGAUGAUGCCCUAAUCAGGCUGGAGAUGAUUGCAAUGGAGAAUCCCUCAGACCUGAAGAAACAGCUCUAUGUAGAGUUUGAAGGGGAACAAGGCCUGGAUGAAGGAGGGGUUUCCAAAGAGUUUUUUCAACUGGUUGUUGAAGAGAUUUUCAACCCAGAUAUUGGUAUGUUCACCUAUGACGACACCGCCAAGGUGUUUUGGUUCAACCCCUCUUCAUUGGAAAAUGAGGGCCAGUAUACACUGAUAGGUAUUGUGUUGGGCUUGGCCAUAUACAACAACUGUAUCUUGGAUGUGCACUUUCCCAUGGUGGCAUACAGGAAGCUGAUGGGCAAGAAAGGGACUCUUCUGGACUUAGCUGAUUCUCACCCGGCUCUCUAUCAGAGUAUGAAAGAGAUACUGGAUUAUGGGGGUGACGUGGAGAAGGACAUGAUGCUCACCUUCCAGAUAUCACAAACUGACCUAUUUGGAAAUCCGGUCACGCAUGACCUAAGAGAAAACGGAGAAGAUAUCCCUGUAACCAAUGACAACAGAAAGGAAUUUGUGUCUCAGUAUGCCGAUUACAUUCUGAAUAAAAGCAUGGAGGUGCAGUUCAAGGCUUUCAGACGAGGCUUUCACAUGGUGACUAAUGAGUCUCCACUGAAGUACCUGUUCCGGCCUGAUGAAAUAGAACUGCUCAUCUGCGGAAGCAGGAACCUGGACUUCCAUGCCCUUGAAGAGAGCACAGAGUAUGAUGGCGGCUACAACAAGGAGAGUCGCGUCAUUAGAGAUUUCUGGGAAACUGUGCACACUUUCGGAGAAGAGCAGAAGAAGCUUUUUCUCCAGUUCACCACGGGCACAGACAGAGCACCUGUGGGUGGCCUUGGGAAACUGAAGAUGAUCAUAGCCAAAAAUGGCAGUGAUUCAGACAGGUUACCUACAUCCCACACGUGCUUUAAUGCCCUGUUGCUUCCAGAAUAUUCUACCAAAGAGGCGCUUAAAGAGAGACUCCUGAAAGCCAUCACGUAUGCCAAGGGAUUUGGCAUGCUGUGAGGCCUACCCACAUGCCCAAUUGCUUGAUUCCUUUCAAUUUAACAAACUGUGAGAAAAGAUUAGAAGUGUUCCUUUUGCCAGGCAGCUUGUUGGUUGCCUUCAUAUCUACUGGUUCCCCUGCCUUAAUUUGAUUUAGGAUUUAUAGUGUUAUCUACAUGUGUGAUGUAUUUUCUGAAGGUGUAACAGAUUUUUAAUACUGCUUUGACUCCAGUGAGCUUUUUUCUUGAAUUCUGUUUUGUCAAAAUGGGCGUUAAUUGCUGCUUAAUGUUUUGAAUAUGAACUUAUGCACUCAAUGCUGGCAUGGCGAGCUUUUGAGGUCAAAUACUGUGAACUUAAUGACAGAACAUAUCUGUUUAAACAUACAUACUUUGUAUCUAUAAUGUGUAGAUUUUUUGAGGAACUGAGUUGUUUCAAAAAUGUUAGUGGUGGUAAGUGGUAAAUAUUUAAAAAAAAUCAAUUACAUAUUCAAACCAGCAAUGUUGAUGUUGUUUGAUGUUUUAAAUGCAGGCGUGUGUUAUUGUUUACUCAGGUAACAUCACAUUUGAAUAUCUUAGUCUUUCCAAGUGUUUCCAUGCUUUGAGCUGUAUUCAGUACCUACUGUCAGUACCGGCUGACAAACUGGGUUUAUUGUGUAAAGCCUACUGCACUUUCGAUAGUAGUGCAUGUUUCAGAGUGGCACAUUUUAAUCUGAUCUGAGUUGUUUGUCAUCUACUUCCUCAUUCAGUUUGUGUGUCAGUCUAAAUGUGUCAAAUCACAUACACACAUGAAUGCAAGCAUACACACACAAGUGUGCGUGCGCACACACACACACACACACACAAACCUCUGCCACAUGGGGAAAAAUAAUGAGUCCUUCUCUCUGGUGCUACAUUAAAAUGUUCUCACUUGGCUUCAGGCUGUAAUGGAUAAAAAGCUGGAAAGCCAAUGAGACAAUAUCAAGGAAAUAAUGGGGAUCUUACUACAAACUGCAAACAGUCUAUCAAACUCAAGAGGUCAGAGGUUUGUGGGUGAGUACUUUUGAAAUAUAAGUGUCACGUUCUGAUCUUGAAGGUUAUUUUUUGUGAAUGUUUAUUUUUAAUUGGCUUCUUUAAUUAUACUAUAGUAUAGAACUAUAGUAUACUGUCCUUCUCUGUAGUCAGACUGGUCUGAUAGUUUCAUGUGUUAGAGGCCUUUUUGGCCUAGUUAUUCUGGUGGAUGAUAGAGAAUCACAUGAUGUGUAUGUGCUGUAUGCUAUGUACAUUACAUAAAGAAAACUAUGGAAA